UGUUUUGCACAUCACACCACACCACUGCCGCCUUGGAAUGUACACGCCGGUGUCCAUCCACACGCAUCAGAACCUUCAAAUACUAACGCGAUUAUGCAUAGUAUAGCAGCGCAUCGCAUCGGAUUAUCUAAACAAACAGUCGACGGAGCUUCACUUGUCCGCUGGCGGUUCGACGAUGUGGUGCGGUAUCCGUCAUUAAAAACUCCAAAAACGUAAUACACGACCUUAGUGAGACGACCAGGAGCAAAGAAAUGCGAGUCGAGUGUGUUUCAAGUAAAAUAAAUGAUUCUAGUGUAGUGUGUAUGUGUAUCAAAGUGAAAGUGUCCUAAUCUAAUUUGAAUCGUAGUUCUAUAAGCGGCUGAUCCAUAAUAGUAAAAACUCUUUCCAAGCAAACGCUCAGUUGAAAAUGAUUCCAGCUCAACAUCACGUCCACUGGAAACCGUGAACUGAGAGGCAGAAAAAAGUGAAUCAUGAAAUUGUUGCUGAAAAUUCACAACAAAGAUCGGCCUCAUCUAUAUAUACAGCGCAAACGUAAAUACUGCCAUCGCCGAGUGUCCAAGUCUUCGUCAUCUUCGUCGAAUUCGGGUGAUUGCUCACCGUCCAGAGCUAGUGCUGAUAGGAAUACUGCCUUUCCAGCAUCUUCAGCGACGACAGGCACAACUGCAAGAUCGGGCCGCAACAAUCAGAACCGAGGACUUGCCUCUCCGGAGGAAUCAUCCGUACUUCGACAGGAACGAUACUUCCUCUACGGAGCCCUGAUUCUGCUCACAAUCAUUGCCUUCUCCACCGCUUUAUACUUUAUCAUUCACCAAGCGCAGAGCAGCGGCAACAUUUCUAGUCAACCGGAAAUCCUUUUUGGGAACAACUAUGCAUCGGGAACUAUUCCGAACCUUGGCAAUGGUCAUCUAGUCAUCGAUCGUCAUAAUUGGGGCGCCCAGGAAGCGGCCCGUGGUCCUUACCCCCUACAUUCGCCCAUACCAUACGUACUCAUCACCCAUAUUGGGGUUCAAUCAAGUCCAUGUUUGAACAUGUACAAAUGCUCCAUCAAAAUGCGAACCAUCCAGGAUGCGGCCAUUGCCGAACAAAGUCUUCCGGACAUCCCUAACAAUUUUUACCUCGGAGGAGACGGUUACAUCUACGUCGGGCGAGGAUGGAGUAUUGCAAACGCGUACGCCAACCAAACACUAUCCGUAUGCUUCAUGGGAGAUUAUAUGCGCAACAAACCAAACGAAAACCAAUUUUCAGCCCUGAAUCAUCUACUAGCCCAUGGUGUUGCAGAGAGUUAUCUAGCUCGAGACUACAAACUCGUUGCUCAUAAUCAGACCAGAAAAACUAAAAGCCCUGGUCCAUUCAUCUAUAGUCAGAUUUCCAAAAUGCCUCGCUGGAUAUCUUGUGAUAAAGAUAGUACUAACACCUGUGGAUCGGAAAUCGGACUACCUCGGAUAUGGGAUCAGGAUUAUCCCAAAGCUCUAAAAACAGUGGAAGUAACAACAAACCGAACAAGCGAAGACAGUUAAAACAUCUAACGAGUUCAGUUUGUUUUGUACUUCCACUAGUACAAAUGCGCUGAUUCUUGUAGUAUUAGAGUAUGGAAGUGCAGUAUGAAAGCGUGUGCAACGAACGGAAACUGACACUUGAGUCAUUUAUCUAUGGCUGGAGGUCGUGAUGCUAAAAUGAUGCACAAGACUGAAGUGAUAUGGUUGUAGUUAUGAAUAGAAAAGGAAAAAAAGAGGUCAUCGUAUGAUUGUGUAUCUGUAAUUGUAUGUUUAAAAAAGAAAUAUUAUCUCUACUGUAUGAGUGUCAUAAAAAUUUCGAGUAUUGUUUACCUUUAAAAUAGCCAAUAAAUUACAUUAAUAUUA